AUGUUUUUCCUUGUGAUAUUAUAUUACCAGACAGUUAAAAAUUAAAUGAUCAUACAUCCAUAUUCACUGGUGCUGGGUACGGUCGAGUAAUUUCCCAUGUAUUGUAGUCCCCUGACCUUGCUGAAUUCCUGACAGUUUUGAACACAUUACAGGGCUUGCUCUUGCCCUUCUCCUUGACAAUGGGCUAAUGAAACCAUCUUCUUGUUUCAGCAUAUUUCCCCGAGAGCUGAAGGAAGUUUUCGCCUCGUGGAGAGCCAGAUGUGCCGAGCGUGGCAGAGAGGAUCUGGCAGACAGCCUCAUCAGCUCCUCCCUGUUUCUUCGCUUCAUGUGCCCAGCCAUCAUGUCCCCCUCCCUGUUCAACCUGAUGCAGGAGUACCCCGCUGAGCGCACGUCCCGCACACUCACGCUCAUAGCCAAGGUGAUGCAGAACCUGGCCAGCUUCAGCAAAUUUGGACCCAAGGAGGAAUACAUGUAUUUCAUGAAUGAGUUCCUGGAGAUGGAGUGGGGCUCUAUGCAGCAGUUUCUCUACGAGAUUUCAAACAUGGAGGCUGGAGGGAACGCUGGAGGGUUUGAGGGCUACAUUGACCUCGGCAGAGAAUUGUCAAUGCUCCACAGCUUACUGUGGGAAGUCAUGGGCCAGCUUAGCAAGGAUGCUAUUCUGAAACUCGGACCCCUGCCCCGGCUGCUGAAUGACAUAAGCGUCGCCCUGAGGAACCCGCAACUCCACAUGCCUGCAAAUCAGCAGCCGGACCGACCGAAGGACAGACUCUUCUCGCGGCCAUCGUUCAACCGUCUCAUGUCCUCUGACUUCCAAAGCCUUAUGAUGCGUGACUUAAACAGUUCAAUAGACAUUUCCCGCCUGCCCUCCCCUACGACGGGAGUCUCAGCUGUGGAGUCCCUAUCAUCGAAUCUGAACAUGAGACGCCAUGCAGAGCGAGACCUCCGCUCGUCGAGGGAAGUGUUCUACGUGACACGCCCGCCGCUGGCCCGAUCCAGCCCCGCCUACUGCACCAGCAGCUCGGAUAUCACUGAACCGGACCCAAAGAUCCAUAGUGUAAAUAAAAGCGUGUCCAUGAUGGACCUCCAGGACUCCCGUAUGAACAGCAUUUCCAACCUCAACUCUGUGGGAGACAUGCUGACCUCCUCUCAAGCCUCCAUUGCCGGCCUGGGCCACAGCUUCGGGAACCUCUGCGGUCCCCUCCGGAUGGGGGGGCACCUGCCGGCGGGGUCCGCGGGCUCCGCUCUGAGGCUGAGCCAGAUGGGCCACAUAGGGGGGCCCACCGAGUCCAUCUCCCAACAGCAGCAGCAGGCAGCAGCGGCCAUGCACUUCCCCCUGUCUUUCCAGAACCCGCUAUUCCAUCUGGCCGCCCAGAACUCUCCGGCUCAGCCUCAGCCUCACCCCCCUCCCCUCCUCCUCGCCCCAGAGCCCGAGAACGGUCACCACGACUAUGCACCGGCUUUUGGCAACAGUGCUUUCUCCCGCAGCGAGGACUUGUCCGCCCUGCGGUCACAGAGCAGUCUGGUGCAGCCCAGCAUCGUCCACUCACACAGCUACAGCGAUGAUUUCACCCGGCAGAAUCAGAGCAACGACUACGCCUGGCACCAGCUGUCACUGCAGGUGCAGGAGUCUCUCCAGCAGCAGCAUAUGAUGGGUGCCGCAUCUCAGACCCCCACAGGGACGGGCACCCCCGCCUCCCUGGCCACACCACCCACCACAGUUCACCCUGUCCGCCAGUCAUCCAUGGCUCCGCCACAACACCUCAAGUCACAGCGGUCAAUCAACACUCCAGUCACCGCCACACCUCCAAAAGUUCGCCCGCAGAGCAGGAACCUCCUCCUCGACUCUUCGGAGGGCAACUUCACCGGCAGUGGGCCAAAAUUGCGCCAUCCACGGCAGCAACAUCAGCAGCAAAAUGAGCAUCAACAGCAGCUACAUCAACAGCAGCAACUUCAACAGCAGCAACUUCAGCAGCAGCAGCAGCAGCAGCAGCAGCAGCAGCAGCAGCAGCAGCAGCAGCAGCAACAACAGCAGCAGCAACAACAGGAAUCGCAGCUGUCGUUGACUGACAGUCCUGCUCCCGGACUCCCUUACCAGAAUAGCUCUGCCAAAGAGAACCAGGGCCCGCAGGCAGCAGCAGAGGAGUCAACAGACACUCCCACAAAAAACACCAAGAAGUCUCAACAGACACAAUUGCAGCCGCCACAGCCGCCACAGCCGCAUCUGCUCAAACCAGGCAAUAAACAGGGUUCUCAGUCGACUUUGACCACCACGGGCCUCAAUGAACGGACAGUGGCCUGGGUGUCCAACAUGCCCCAUCUCUCUGCUGACAUUGAGAGCCUGCGGCCGGACCGUGAGGGUCAGCUGAAAGAGUACUCCAAGAGCAUGGACGAGUCCCGACUAGAGAGGGCAAAAGAGUAUGAAGAAGAGAUUUUUACCCUGAAAGAGCGUCUCAAGAUGUCUCAUCGCAAGCUUGAAGAAUAUGAGCAGAGACUCAUGUCGCAGGAACAGCAGACAAGCAAGAUCCUAAUGCAGUACCAGAACCGCCUGGACAACAGUGAGCGGCGUCUAAAACAGCAGCAAGUGGAGAAGGACUCUCAAAUCAAAGGCAUCAUCAACAGACUCAUGGCUGUGGAAGAUGAGCUGAGAGUGGGUGCCAUUCCUGAUAUUAAGCCUCGAAUCCUCACUGACCAGGUUUGUGCCUGUGUCUACAUCUUUAUCAUCCCUAUUUGCUAAGCCAGUCAUGUCCUAAAACAGCUUGCAUCAUUCUUACAUCACAUUCAGCGCAUUUGCCAAAGCCAGUGCAGGGGAAAAGUUUGCAGCUGUCAUACACUUCAACUGUUCCCAUCUCUCUAAAGUACGUUUAUGUCACAUCUGAAAUACCAUUUCACCAGUUCACUGCACAUGCUGGAGCGGAGAGCAAAAACAAGGAUGCUAAAAUUCAAGAGCCGGAAUGCAGCUUAAAGUUAUGUGCAGCGAUUAAUGUAUUUCUGGGAAGGAAUAGCAAGUCUUCAACACUGAAACUCAAUAAUUUUUCCACAACAACAAAAAUAUGACUCAGAAGCAUUCAUCAUUAGAAAUCCUUGACUGUGACUCACCAGCUGCGUCACAGUAAUUCUGCAGGGCUCAGCGUCGUGAAUGCACCGUGUGGAUUGGAAGAUGUGGAGUGUGUGUGUGUGUGUUUUUGUUUGUACUGAAAUUACAACUUUAGCUGUCACUGAAAUACACA